ACCGAACUGCCUGGCUUUUGUGUGGUGAGCGAGACUGGGGAAGACAGAGCCUCCGUAUACCACUCUCGAAAAACGGCUUCGUGAUAUAACAACUCUUCGGUCUCCCCAACCCACCACUACCACACCUGCAAGAGUGUGACAUAGGCCUACAGUUAUUUAAAGUACCGUUUCUACGACGGUUACAGUGGCGGCCAGCAUGAGCUUCAGUGCGGACUCCACCUCCCCCAACCCAUUUCACAUGUGUAACAUCUGUCAAAAGGUGAUAAGGAAAAAGGAUAAAGGAGUCAGAGUGCCGCGACCCUUCUCCAGUGGACCCAGUGCCUUCAUUCCAAAGGAAGAGAUUGUGGAGGCGUCCCAAGUGGACCCCCUCACAGAGCAGCUCCUGGCCGAGGCCUACUCUCCGUCAGGCCAUGUGGACCACCUGACCCAGGUGAUGGGACUGCACCCCCACUACCUGGAGUCCUUCCUGCACAGCCAGUUCUACCUGCUGAGGAUGGACGGCCCCUUGCCUCUCCACUGCCGACACUUCAUCGCCAUCAUGGCUGCAGCGCGUCACCAGUGUUCCUUCCUGGUGUCUCUGCACGUGCGUGAGUUCUACAGGAUGGGGGUGUGUCUGGACUGGCUGAAGGGCCUGCAGUACGUCCCUCAGAGACUGAGGAACCUCAACGAGAUCAACAAGCUCCUAGCACACAGACCAUGGCUCAUCACCAAGGAGCACAUUCAGAACUUGGUGAAGACAGGGGAGCACAGUUGGUCUUUGGCAGAGCUGGUCCAUGCUGUGGUCAUAUUGGCCCAUUUCCAUGCUCUGGCCAGCUUUGUGUUUGGCAGUGGCAUCAACCCCCAGGUUGACACACAAAACACCAAUGGCUUCCAGGCCGUCUACAUCAGCAACUACUGUACAUGUGACCUGGCCAGCGACCAUCACCUGGACCGAGAUCUCAGCAGUAGCAGCCAUGAGACCACAGACUCUGUCAGUGAGUUGGAGGCGCUGAUGGACAGAAUGAAGAGGCUGCAGGAGGAGAGAGAGGAGGAUGAGGCUUCGCAGGAGGAGAUGGCCACACGCUUCGAGAAGGAGAAGAAAGAGAGUCUAUUGGUGGGCUCUGGAGAUUUGGAGGAUGAGGUGAUGCCCACAUCCAAAGUGUCUCAGUUUGUGGAAGAUGCCACCUUCGGGUACCAGGACUUUGCUCGACGAGGGGAAGACAAUCCACCAACUUUUAGAGCACAGGACUACUCGUGGGAGGACCAUGGUUUCUCUCUGGUCAACAGGCUUUAUUCAGACAUCGGGCUGCUGCUGGAUGACAAGUUCCGGACAGCGUGUGACCUGACCUACUACAACAUGGCCAGUCACGAGGACGUGGACACCACCAUGCUCCGACGUGCACUCUUCAAUUACGUGCACUGCAUGUAUGGCAUCAGAUAUGAUGACUAUGACUAUGGGGAGGUGAAUCAGCUAUUGGAACGCAGUCUGAAGGUCUAUAUAAAGACCGUAACAUGUUAUCCAGAGAGGACCACUCGUCGCAUGUAUGACAGCUACUGGAGGCAGUUCCGCCACUCCGAGAAGGUCCAUGUGAACCUACUCCUAAUGGAGGCCAGGAUGCAGGCAGAACUGCUAUAUGCCCUGCGCGCCAUCACACGCUACAUGACCUGACCAACCACAGCGGGCCAUCUGUCUCCACCUGACCAAUAGAAACCCCAGCCCACGUCCCCCCCAACACCGCUACUGGCCUUCCCCCUCUCCACAGCCCCAGGAAUGCGGCCUCUGGGAACCAGGAAACUGUCUCACUACCAGUCACAUGUCACUGGCCUCUUACUGUAUGGUUGGAUGGGGACCUUUACCCAUUUUCUUUUAGCUUAAUGCCCUUUUAAAAGAGGAAGUAUGUGAAAAUGAAGGAAAUCCUACUGUGAGUGUGUAAAAAUUGUGAAAACGGGUGCACGUUCUCAUCCUUUUUUGCCAAAAUGAUAUUGCCAGUUUGGCUUUAGUGACAUAGUGAAGGGGUUGGAGGGGUUGGAGUUCAUGACUAACUUUAAAAGUCUAGGGAAAUACUGAAUAGCCGGAAACGGUGUUGCACAACGUAGAAUAUACCUCUGAAUGUAAUGCCUUGAUUUGGUACAGUCCCACCAAUAUCAGGUGUAAGAUUAAAAUGUUAUCUGAUUGAGAGAGCAAGCCCUUUUGUGGCACUAUUUUAAAAAGUGCAAUAUUUCUACAUUAUUUGCAAUUUAAAAAGGUAGACUCAGCUAAAUGCCAUUGCCAUGAGCAGCACCGCAGAUAUUGAGAUGAGUGAGAUGCAAGACUUCACUCUAACAGUCACACACAGUAUCUUCGCAUGGGUAUGAGUUCGCUUCACACUUACAGCGUGGUAGCCAGGAUACCAAAACAGAAGUUGAACCUCUCGCUUCAUCAUCCUUAGUUGUUGAAGAAAUUGACCCACUAUGCUGUUUUACUUUUAUGCAUCUGUCAUAUCGCUGAGUUUACCUUUGACAGAAUAAUUAUGCUUUUCAGUAUAUUUAUACCUUUGUCAAUAAAUCUGUCAACUUAAAAUAUUUCUAGAGAACUAUUUAUCUGCAAUGUUUGUCCUAAUACAGAAUAUAAAUCACAGCAGGUAGCGCACAAGAUUUUGUGGCAACAUUAUCAGCAAUUUUAGGACUUCUCUCAUCCUGUUCUGUGCCAAAUGUUUCUCACUGGGUCUGUAAGACAUUAAGAUGACAUACUUGUUUAUGUCGACCAAAGAUGCAGUGUACAGAUGUUAGAUCCAUGAGACAUUUUCAAAACAUUUUUAUAUUCCAUUAGGAAGUACAUUUUUAGAACUGCAAUAAGCUAUAUAAUGCUGGGAAUGUUUUGUUUUAUAAUUACUGAAGUAUCACCACAUGAGUGUGUUCCUAAUCCUGAAAUCUGCGCUGUUAACUUUGUAUCACCAGCAUUUAUUUGUAGCUUAUUUCUUCAACAGUGUAGGGUUGAAAAAAUCAUAGUGUUUUUGUGAAUGAUUGUUGCUCUUUGCACAUCUGUAUCUGCAAAGGUAGGAACUGCUGAUGGCAGUGUCAAUCAUUUUUGCAGAUAUUUACUGUAGGAAAAAAAAAACUCCCAGUUGGAAAUAUGCAAGAAAUGUCAGUAUUUCCUUAAAUCCCCUCCCUCUCAAAUCUUUCUUGCAUUUAAUUUCUCAGAUGUGAAAUGUGUCAUAUUUUAGCCCCCCCCAUGUAUAGGUUUAGUUACAAUGUUUAAUCAAUGCCUCUGUGAACUCAGAUGACAUUCACCAAAGUACUGUUUACUUUUUGCCAACCUACCUUUUAAAGGGAUAUUUUUUUCAUUAGUACACAUAAUCAUGAUGCUGUAUUAACAGUGGACUAAAGAAAAAAAUACCCAAAUAGUUUGAGUGGAUUUUCAUAUUUUAUUUGAAUAAACAUAGUGUUAACAAUACCAAUUAGGCUCUGUAUCAUCAGAAUUAUAACAGAUGAUGGAAGCUGAGUUGUCCAAACUUUACAAAAUGAUAAUAUACUGGUCUGAGAGUUAAAGCUGCACUUCUCUCUUUCCCAGAUUGUGCUUCAGGAUUGUUGUAAUAGUUUUGGGAGGUCGUGCCUUCAUCAAAGCCACAUUCAGCCAUUUGCCCCCCUCCCCCCUCCCCAAAAGCUAAAAGGACAACAGUGCAACUGAAACUGUACCUCGCCUGUAAGGACAUUUUCAAAACAAUAAAGAAGUUACAAAUA